AUGAAGCUGCAGAACCAACGAGGUGACCGAAUCUUCCUUCAGGAUAUCAAGAAACCAGACCGUGAUGAUUGGGAGAAUGGGCUGAAUGCAAUGGAGUGUGCAUUACAUUUGGAAAAGAGUGUGAAUCAGUCACUACUGGAACUGCACAAACUGGCCACUGAUAAAAGUGAUCCCCAUUUGUGUGACUUCAUUGAGACUCAUUACCUGAAUGAGCAGGUGAAAUCCAUCAAAGAAUUGGGUGACCACGUAACCAACCUGCGCAAGAUGGGGGCUCCCGAAUCUGGCAUGGCAGAGUAUCUCUUUGACAAGCACACCUUGGGAAACAGUGAUAGUGAAAUCUAA